UGUACUACAACAAAUUGUUGACUACAGUAGUAUACUGGCACCACUCGCUUUGAGCGUAUGUGAAAAAGCUGUUAAUUGGCCCCCUCUGACAGAAGCUUUGAAGAAAAAGUACGAUGUCGUGUUGUUAGAACAAUUUAAUAGUGAUUGUAUGUUAGGGUUAUUACAUGUGUAUGGUGUAAACGUGCCUGUUAUUGGGUUAUCUUCGUGUACCCUUCAUCCUUGGACUACUGAUCGUUUAGGGAUUACAGAUAAUCCAUCAUACGUUCCAGUAGUGAGCACUUCAUAUGUUUAUCCUAUGUCAUUCAUCGAAAGAGUUAAGAAUACUUUUUUAAAUAUUUACUUUAAAAUAUGGUAUCGUAAUUCGAUAAUGAAGGAGGAACAAAAAAUGAUUGAGAAUCAGUAUGAUGUGAAAGUGGAUUUAGAACAGUUGUCUAAGAGUUCUAUCUCUCUUUUGUUAGUGAACACAUUUCAUGCAAUAAAUGGCGUAAAACCUUCACUGCCGGGUGUUGUGGAAGUUGGUGGCAUGCAUCUAGAUGAGACAAGAAAGGAAAUACCAGCAUAUAUGGAACGGUUCCUGAAUGAAUCUGAACACGGGGUUGUUUUAUUCAGUUUUGGAUCACUUAUCAGGACGUCAACAAUGCCCAAAUAUAAGGAAGAAAUAUUGGUCAACGCACUUUCUAAGUUGAAGCAAAGAGUCAUUUGGAAAUAUGAAGAAAGUGGUGAAGAAGGAACUCUAUCGGGAAACAUUUUGCGGGUGAGAUGGCUGCCCCAAUACGAAUUAUUACAACAUAGAAAAGUUGUGGCAUUUUUGGCGCAUGGUGGUCUACUGGGAAUGACAGAAGCUGUGUCUGCUGGUAAACCCAUGGUAGUUGUGCCGUUCUUUGGUGACCAACCAGCGAAUGCUGCUGCCGCUGCUAACGUUGGCUUCGCUAAAGUUGUGCCUUACAAUGAACUUACUGAAGAAUCCCUUACCGCAGCUUUGAAAAGUGUGCUUAGUCCUGAGAUGCGUGUUCAAGCACGUAUGGUAUCAGAAAUAUGGCGAGAUAGAGAGAAUCCUCCUUUGGAUACUGCUGUUUACUGGGUGGAGAGGGUCAUCAGAUGGGGCCCUUCUGCCAAAUUACACUCUGAUGCAAGAGAUAUGCCGUUCUAUCAAUUAGUUUUAUUAGACGUUAUAGCAGCUUACCUUGUUUUGAUCUUGGUAUGUGUUAGUCUAGUUUGGUUUAUUAUUUCGAAGCUCUCAAGGCUUUUUAUCAGACAAACGAAACAAAAGAUACAGUAAAAGCACAAAAAGGUUAAUUGAAGUUUUUUUAUUUUUAAAGGAUACAUUAUUAAUACUUCAGAUUUACACAUAUUUCUUAGCGCAAUUAUAAUAAUAAAUUCAAGUAUCAUAAAACAUUUUUAAAUGUGUUUUUAAAAAAAUUAUGGAGUUCCAAGUAUAAGCGGAGUGUUAAAAAAAUUAUUAAUAUUUAAUGCCUUAUCGUAAUAUUUCGUUGGUUAACAGUUAAUUGUUGUUCCUCUACACUUUUUGUUACUUUCUAAUGUUAAUUAUUGAGUAAAUUAAUUUUAGUGUAAACUAUAAUAUAUAGACAUCAGCUAUUACAUUUUGAUUAGUUUAGUAGUGACUUAUAUAAGUUAAUGUGAUACCUAUAGUUAGAUAGCGCAGUGAUAUAAUACAUAUACACUUAACUCUAAUUCUUUAAAUAAGUAACAUAGUGUAACUUUUAUAUUCACGAAACAUUAGCUUUAUUUAAUAAAUUAAAAGUUGUAAUAAAA